AUGGGUAUAACCGAAUUUGCAAUUUCAGCUAUGUACCGUGUUCAUACAUUAAGGUCGGUAUCGGUGGUCAUCGUAGAUUUCCAGCAUAACAUAGUAAUUUUUUUUGCAGUUGACAUUGGUGACGCAACUCCAACCCCACGAGCCGAUACGUGUAACUUGUCUGUGCUUGCGGAUGAGUCAGACAUUGAUGAUGACCAACAAGAUUUGUUUCCUAAAUUUUGUCCUCAUGCCGAUAAGAUCACAAUGGUUUACAUGAUGAAGGAAUCGAAAAAAUGCAUGUGGUCUAUAAAUGCACGAGUAUUACGUGCUGAUGAGUUUUUCUACAUUCGCAAGUGGAAUAGGGAGCACAAUUGCGGUGUUGCCGUCCGAACAGCAAAAAACCCAAGGGCUGGGUCUAAAUUAGUGUUUGAUGUUAUAUCCGAACGGGUACGUGACAGACCGCUUACACGUCCGACUGAUGUGGUGUACGACUUAAAGAAAAUUUAUGGAUUAGAAAUUAGCUACCGGGUCGCAUGGUUGGGCGUUGAGAAAGCCUGUGGCGAAAUGUUUGGUGCAUAUUCCAUUUCAUUCGAUCAGUUACGGUGGUAUAGUAAUGCCGUUGUGGUCAACAAUCCAGGCAGCUACAUAAACAUUGAUUACGAUGAACAAAAUCACCGGUUUGAAUGGUUUUUCACUCUGUAUCUGUUCUGGUUCUUGCAACACCUUGCCAACGUUGUUAGCAAUGACAGGACACUUACAUUCUUGCCUGACCGUCACACAGGCCUCAUUGACUCAAUACCCAAAAUAUUCUCGUCAGCACACCAUGCGUUUUGCUUACAACAUUUGCAACGGAAUCUGCAGGACAAGAUGAGGUACGUCAACAGUUCGUACCGAGCGGGAUUGCUAAGUAAAUUCCGGGCAUGCGCAUAUGCACCUACUGUAACAGGAUUCAAUGCCAGCAUCGAGACAUUCAUCAAGUCUGGGAGGAAUGUGGCAAGGUCUUUUCUGAAAGAUAUACUUCCACGGUAUUGGGCAAAUGCUUAUUUCAUAUACGCAUACUCUCUUUAUACAUAA